GCGGGGCGGGGACACCGGCCGGCCACCGACUGGCCCCACAGGCUGACCAGUGGCAGCUCCAGACCGGAGCAGCUGCAAGAGGCUGGACAGACCCAGGACUGCCUCUCCGGGGGGCCCAAGAUCGGGCCAGCAGCACACUGGACCACUCCCACUGGACCACGCCACAGAGCCUGGCUUCACGGACCCAGGAAGGAGCCGGGACCAUGUUCCAAUAAAUGAGGCCUACAGGGCGAGCCUUGAGCCCCGACUCCCGGCCAGAGACGCGACAUCACACCAGGAAGAAUGAAGAGGCCGCUCCCGGCUCGCCGAUGCCCAGGGCAGGGAGGCCCCCACCACCCGGGAGCAGUCCCAGAGUCAGGCCGCCGGGCUGGGGCAGCAGCAGGGCGACAGGAGGUGCCCCCCCCUCCAUCCUGAGGCGGAGCGGGCCGGGGUGCCGUAGCCACGGGGCCGAGCCACAGAGGACCUCGAGGCGUGUGCGGUUCCGGGAGCCCCUGGAGGUGACCGUCCACUACAUCGCCCGCAGGGAGCCCACCUCCACCACCACCACCAGCAGGGCGCCCAGCCGGCCCAGGCCCCGAGGCGGCUCCCUGCUCCUGCGGCUGUGCGUGUGCGUCCUGCUGGUGCUGGUGCUGGGCCUGUACUACGGCCGACCCAAGCCCGUGGCGCUGGCCCUUGAGGACCUCCGGGCCCGGCUCCUGGUGCUCGCCCUGCGCCUGAGGCAAACGGCCCUCACCUGCUGGCGGGGCCUCCUGCAGCGCUGACGGAGGCCGGCCGGACGCUCCCCUCCACGCCUGGGGCCCCAGCUGUGCAGGGCAGGAGGGGGGGUAGCCCCAGGUCAGGUGGAAGGGCUUCAAGCCGAGCCCGGCUCUGCGGCAGCACGUGACCCCGCCCCCUCCAACAGGGCCCCUCUUGCUGCACAUGUUAGGGUCCACCAUGAGGUUUUAUUAGAAAGAGAAUUCCACACAGGCUUCAGCCCUGAGAGCCCCCCAGACCCUCCCUCACCCCAGUGGGAACUCUCCGUACCCUUGGGCCAGGCCUGGAUGUGGCCACGCGGAGCCCUCUGAAGACAGGGACACUGGCCCUGUGUCCAUGGGGCCCCUCAGAGGUGAAACUGGCCUUUGCUACUUCGGGCUGGCAGGGCCUGGACUUUGAAACCCCGUCGAGACAGGCGGGUCUGGCUGUCGGGGUGGGGUCCUCCCUCCUGAAACUACACACGGGGCAGGGGGCCUGGCAUCUCCCCUUGUUUGUGGUGUUGGGGUGCCAACCUCUGAGCCCAGGUCUGACCGCUCCCCGGGGCCCCAAGGCCUCAGGGACCCUCUCAUGCCCCGGGGGGACAUACAUGCUGCCCCCCCCCCUCCUCAGCUGUCCACGUGGGAGUGGCUGAGAGGGAGCUUGCUCCGCCCAGACCCCGCCACCUUCAGAACACAGCCGCCCGUGCCGGGACCCCAGGCUGCGCCACGCACCAGCCACAGGGCCUGGGUGUCCCAUGACUGUGUGCGGACAGUGUGCCACCACGGGCGUUGCGAGGCCAUGGGGAGACGUGGCAACAAACUCCAGGGCCCCCGCAGACCCUGCAUGGAGGGGGACGCCUGAACAAAGCAGGGAGGCCCAUGGGCAGACGCCAGGAGGGACUGCCAGGAAGAUGCCAUCUCCCCCAGCCACCUUCAGACAAGUGUCCACGGGACGGCCAGUGCUGUGCUGUCCCUUCCCGGGGUUAUGCCCUGAGCGCCCGUCCCCACUGCCUAAGCGGGGACACACUGAGUUUUUAUUAAACCACACUGCCACCCCUUUUAUUAGUCUGGGGGUUUUUACCCAAAGGAGGGAUAUGGGGACCAAUUUCCUCUGCUAAAGCAGAGGUGGGGGCACAGAGAAGCCUUCCCUUCUAGGCCUCAGGGGCUGGGGUGGUGCUUUCCAGGGUUCGGGUUUGGGGAGCUCAGAGCAGGGAGCCCAGUGGAGAGGAG